AUGGAGAUUGAUCUGUCACCAAAGUUGGCCAAGAAGGUGUACGGUGGAGAUGGUGGUUCCUACUUUGCUUGGUCCCCAUCUGAGCUUCCCAUGCUCCGUGAAGGUAACAUUGGCGCUGCCAAGCUUGCUCUUGAGAAGAAUGGGUUUGCUCUCCCCAAGUACUCUGAUUCUGCCCAGGUCGCUUAUGUCCUCCAAGGUACUGGUGUAGUUGGGAUUGUCCUCCCUGAGAAGGAGGAGAAGGUUCUUCCAGUUAAGAAGGGUGAUGCUAUUGCCCUCCCAUUUGGAGUUGUUACUUGGUGGUACAACAAGGAGGACACUGAGUUUGUAGUCCUUUUCUUGGGUGAUACUUCAAAAGCUCACAAGAGGGGUGAGUUUACUGACUUUUAUUUGAAUGGCUCCAAUGGCAUUUUCACUGGCUUCUCAACUGAGUUUGUCGGUCGAGCAUGGGAUCUGGAGGAGGAUGUUGUGAAGACCCUUGUUAGCAAGCAAUCUGGCAAGGGCAUAGUUAAGGUUAGUGGAGUUAACUUGCCUGAACCAAAGAAGGAACACCGAGAUGGCAUGACAUUGAACUGUGAAGAGGCUCCUCUGGAUGUUGACAUUAAGAAUGGUGGUAGAGUUGUUGUGCUGAACACUAAAAACCUUCCUUUGGUUGGUGAGGUUGGGCUUGGUGCUGACCUUGUUAGGUUGGAUGGAAGUGCUAUGUGCUCCCCUGGAUUUUCUUGUGACUCUGCCCUGCAGGUGACUUAUAUUGUUAGGGGCAGUGGCCGCGUCCAAGUUGUUGGAGUCGACGGUAAAAGGGUCUUGGAAACAACCAUCAAAGCUGGUAAUUUGUUCAUCGUUCCGAGGUUCUUUGUUGUUUCAAAGAUCGCUGAUCCAGAAGGCUUGGAAUGGUUUUCUAUCAUCACUACUCCCAAUCCCAUAUUCACCCACUUGGCUGGAAGCAUUGGUGUUUGGAAGGCUUUGUCUCCUCAGGUGCUUGAGGCUGCCUUCAAUGUGGAUUCGGCUACAGAGAAACUUUUCCGAUCAAAGAGGACUUCUGAUGCAAUCUUCUUCCCCCCACCCAAUUAA